GUCGUUUUAGACUCCUUACUAAUCUCAAUCUACUUAAGCAGUUCUACUCUCAGGAGCAUUAUUUACAACGAAUUUCAAGUAAGAGUAACAUUCUUCAAUCUGAUUUUUGGACUUUUUAUUGAGUUAUUGAUAGAUUUUGACUUAGCUUAUUGGUACUAUAGCGAAUAGCACAAAUUCAAAAAUCAAAAUGGCUUCCAACUCCGGCGACAACGAGUGCGACGAAUUGAAGUCCAACACACAAUUUGUCAAAUUAAGCGAGCGGGGCAGCGACUUGGUGGAUCGUUGGCAGUUGCGAUAUUUUCCAGAGACUGUGAAUGCAAACCAAGGGAAGAUAAGUAGAGACCUCGAAAAAGCCUCAGGUGACAAAGAGGCCCUUCUUAAGAGUGGUGUCUAAGUAAGUCGGUGCCCUUCGAUGGUAAAUUCCGUUUCCGCCAUAUUAUUUGAGGAGGGGCCAACGGAUAAGAAUCUAUGCGUAAUAUAUCACUUUUUGAGUCAGGUCAGAGUAGGGAAAUUUUGCCUCUAAUUUUCAUAAAGAGAUCGCAAUCGGCGACCAUCAUCCCGAUUGUUUCUACCAGGAGUCGAAGACUGCGGAAAAUAUGAUAUAUGUAACAAGCACCUACGGUCGCGGCGGGCGUCUGUCGCCCGCUGCUGUUCGCGUAUUUUCUCGCUUUGGGCGCCGUGUGUGGUUUAUCAGGACCCGGAAUGGUCCGCGCUCGCGCCGCUGCGCCGGAAAUGAUGAAGAUGAAGAGCGUUCGCAUUUCAAGCGCGACUAUAUGUGCGCACUUUGCGGCUCCGCCGUCGAUUUAUGGCGUUGUUUGUAAAUAUCUCGACCCCGGGCCCGGCAUGGGGGUGGUAUCGACGACCCUCGACUACUAUACUAUUGACUAAUAUGCUCACUUCCAGAGCAUGGGGCUAAUAGAGGUAAUCUGAACGCACAAGGCUAAGAAUUUCGAGGCGUCCGCGUCAUGCAUGUCCAUUUCAGCCACUCCUUGUGAUCCAGAGAAGUUUGGAAUUGGAAGGCUGCAAUGGUUUCUAAUCUGCACACAGGAUGCUCUGCGGUUUGUGGCGUCAUUGUUCGAAGACGUGACACAACCAGGCUGGCCACCUCGUGGGGUGCGAUAUUUCGACAUCUGGAGCGGCGGGAGCGGCAUGAAGCAGGGUAACGGUAACGGGCGCCCAAGGUCUCACGUAGUCGAAAACCAUGUCGAUCGAGUGACGAAUGGGAAUCAAGGAUCUUCGUCCUCCUCUUCUUCCUCGUCAUCACGCAUCAACGCCAACAGACAGAACCAGAGUGCUCAGGUGCCAGUUGGUGGGGUCUCACGGCCAAUAACCACGGCUAGUAGUAGCAUGGAUCAUGUGAUGAGCGAUGCCGAGUUCCACUUCCAGCAGCACCACGCGGAGCUCGUAUUAGAGCGACGUCGUCGUCUUCAACAGCAGCAACACCAAAGAGAAGCUUCAUUUUUCGAGUCCCAAGAACAAGGAAAUGGUGAGCAGCCUCUGGUCGCCGAAGCUCGUCGAGCCUGUGCGAGAAUCUCCCACCUCGAGAGAGAGAACGCAUUACUAAAACAAGAGGUGGCGAAACAAGCCAAAGAGAAUCACGAACUCAAGCGCCGCUUGGGCGCGUCUUCUUCGUCUCCUGCGUUGGAACAAGACGGGGAGCCAGGGGUCUUGGCUAAGCGUCAGAAACACUAGGAGAGCGAGGUGUCUCGAUGUGCGUAGAGAGGACGAAGAUGACUGAUCAUGAGUAUCAAUUUCAACGUUUCCAGAACUAGAAAAGGCGAUACUAUGUAUCUUCUAGUGCAGCAAUGGCCAAUGGAUAUGGAACAACUUGCAGCAUCGAGCUCAAGAGAAGAGCUUGAGCAAACUCAAGUCAUAUUUGAAUAUCUGAAGCUGUGCCGCAUUUACAGCACUGGUUCGUUGCGUUUUCCUUCGUAUUAUAGGAUCAAGAACAUUCCCAUUCCCUGGCCGGAAUGUAACUUUCAUCAUUUUAGCACUUCUUGUUCUUACAAAUUUUCGAGACGCCGCAGGC